UCAAUGACCAUUAGCCUCCCCCUCUUCCUCCCUUUAAACCCCAUUUCCCUCCCCCUCUAUAAAACCCUCACUCCCCACUUCGUCUUCCCCAUCCGCCACCGCAGCCACCAUGUCUCCGGCGCCGCCCCUCUCGUUGCUCCUCGUCCUCACCACUCUUUCCAUCUGCCUCCUCUCCGCCAGCGCCAAUGGCUGGCGCCCCUGGCCUAAGUACCGCCACAACACCUCCGACGCCAUCUUCGGCGGCUCCAAGAGGAACGAGGGCUCGUCGGAGUUCGUCCACAUGACCUACCACAUGGGUCCCGUCCUCACCGACAACAUAACCGUCCACAUCAUCUGGUACGGCCAGUGGGCUCAGUCCCAGAAGCGGAUCAUCCGAGGCUUCCUCUCCUCCAUUUCCGCCACCACCGUGGGGCGGCCGUCGGUGGCCGGAUGGUGGCGCACGGUGCAGCUCUACACCGACCAGACCGGCGCCAACAUCUCCCGCACGGUGGUCCUCGGCUCCGAGAAGAACGAUCGGUUCUACUCCCGAGGCAAGUCCCUCACGAGACUGACCGUACAGUCGGUUAUAAAAAGCGCGGUGAGCGCGCGCACGCGCCCACUCCCCGUGACCCAGAGCGGGCUCUAUCUCGUCCUCACAUCGCCUGAGGUGUACGUUCAGGAUUUCUGCAACAACAUCUGUGGGUUCCACUAUUUCACGUUCCCGUCGCUCGUGGGGUACACGCUCCCCUACGCGUGGGUGGGGAACAGCGAGAAGCUCUGCCCGGGCGUCUGCGCGUACCCCUUCGCCGUGCCGGAUUACAUUCCGGGACUCAAGGCGCUGAAGUCGCCGAACGGCGACGUUGGCGUCGACGGGAUGAUCAGCGUGAUCGCACACGAGAUUGCGGAGCUGGCAACGAACCCGUUGGUGAACGCGUGGUACGCCGGCGAGGACCCAAUUUUUCCGGUGGAAAUCGCGGAUCUCUGCGAGGGGAUCUACGGCACCGGUGGGGGCGGGUCCUACACGGGGCAACUGAUGAGCGAUCGGGAUGGAGCUACCUACAACAUGAACGGAGUUCGCCGGCGGUUCCUGGUUCAGUGGGUGUGGAACCAUAUUGUCAGUUACUGCACCGGUCCAAAUGCACUUGAUCAGUAAUUUUAUUAUUUAUUUUUGUUUUUUGUUUUUGUUUAUUUGGGUUUCUUAAAUGUUUUUUUUUCUUUUUAUAUUUGUUGGUAUUAUUGUUAAUUAAUGCGAAAAUAUAAUCAGUUAAGUUAGUUAAUUAAGUUUAAAAUGUAAUAAUGGAUAUUUGGUAUACAAAUAGAGUGCGCGUUCCCGCCUGGCCGUUUAAAGGGGAGUA